UCCACGGCACCCACACGCCAUUCCCCCAUUCGUUCACUUCAGUCUUCAGCCUGCUCGCCUCGUGGCCGCCGAGGAAACCCUAAGCCGGCCUCCGCCGCCAUGGACGCCGCCGCAGCGGGACGAGAAGAAGAAUUCGUCACCUACGCCGAAAUCGAGGCGUACUUCAACAAUCUGGCGCUGGAGGGGCCGUCCGCGCAGGACCGGAUGGAUCGCAUCGUCCCCCACCUCAUCUCCCUCCUGCCCCCGCCCUUCGUCCCCGCGCCCGCGCCCGACGCCGACGACUCCGACUCCGACGACGACCACUUCUCCCUCACCUCCUCCGAGGACGAGGCGGCCGCCCCCGCCGUUCCGGCGGCACAGGACGGUGACGGCCAGGACCACAUCAGCCGUCUCCCGGACGACCUGCUCUCCAACAUCGUCUCCUGCCUCCCCACCAACGAAGCCGCGCGCACCAUGGUCCUCUCCACCCGCUGGCGCGGCGUCUGGGCGGCGACCCCGCUCCUCGUCGACGACGCCCACCUCAGGGCCCGCAAUUUCGACGCCGUGCGCGCCCUCUCGCGCUGCGUGGCCGCUCACCCCGGCCCCGUUCGUGCCGUGCGCGUCACCCGCACCUCCUUCAACCGGCAGGAGUACGCGCUCGAGCGCCUGCUCGCCAGCCUCGCCGCCAAGAAGAUCCAGGACCUCAUCCUCUUUAACCGCCCCUGGCCGCUCAACCUGCCGCUCCCCAAAGACAUCCUCAGCUGUGCCUCCCUCACCCGCCUCUACAUCGGCGUCUGGCGCUUCCCAGACACUACCGUCCACCAGCCCGCAUUUCCCAACCUCCACGAGCUCGGCCUUUUCCACUCCAUCAUCGAGGACAGGGAAGUCGGUGCCUUGCUCGCGCACUGCCCCAAGCUGAAAAUCCUCUCCUUUGCCUUCACGUACAGAUGCCGUUCACGCCUCCGCAUCAAGUCCAGCAGCCUCCGUGUAAUGAUGGAAUGGAGAUGCGGUUUCGAUGAAAUCAUCGUCGAGGAUGCACCCUACCUGGAGCGCCUGCUCUUUGAAAGCUUUUCUGAUCGGAGGCCCGUUAGAAUUGUCCAUGCGCCCAGGCUGGAGGUGCUCGGCUUCUUAGACCUCCGGGUUCACGCCCUUGAGAUAGGUGGCAUUGUCAUCAGGGCUGGGAUGAAUGUGAGAGCUAGGGCCAUGCUGCCAAGUUUGAAGAUGCUGGCUGUCAAGGUGUGGUUUCCGCACGACAUGGAGGUCAAGAUGCUGUACACUCUGCUCAGAUGCUUUCCUCGCCUCGAGACGCUUCACGUCAUGUCCAUUCGAUCCAGUUCAACUGAUAGUGUCGGUUGUGCUGAGUUCUGGAAGUCCCUGGGCUCUUGCGAUUGCCUUGAAUCGCAUCUGAAGACAUUCGUCUUUCAUAGAUUCCACGGUCUGGUCUGUGAGUACUUGUUUCUUGGUUACAUCUUGAAGAGGGGGAAGGUGCUUAAGACGCUGGGCAUCGAUUGUGCUGACAGUGAUGAUGUGGUAAUGGAGGGAGGUCCGGUGUCAGGAUCCGUUGGUGAGGGCAAUGCGCCAACAGGUGGAAGCAGUGUCAGUGAUGAUGUGGUUGUGGAGGGAGGCUCUAUGUCAGGUUCUUCUGUUGAGGGCAAUGUAUCAUCAGGUGGAAGUGGUGGCAGUGAUGAUGUGGUAAUGGAGGGAGGUCCGGUGUCAGGAUCCGUUGGUGACGGCAAUGCGCCAUCAGGUGGAAGCACUGGCAGUAAUAUUAUUCAUGUUUGCCCCACCUCCCCUAGCUGGAGCUUUCAGAACGCCAUUGACUUGUCAGUGGAAGAUCCCUUCUGUGUGUUGAGGCAUGACAUGGCUUUGAUCGCAUCUCAAGUUGAAGCAUGAGUAGCUAUUGUGUUUGAUGAUGGUAGGAAUGCUGGUGGUAUUUCACAUCGAUAUGUUUACUUUGAGCUGCUAAGGGUGUGAUAGUUUACUUAUUAGUUCUGCAUAAUUUUGCGCUGAAUUGAGAAGGUAGAAUGAGCCCAUUAAGGUCUGGAAGGUGGAAGCUAGUUUUACAUUUACUAGUAUGUUGCACUCUUUCUUGAGUUCUCUACUGGGGAGACUGAGAUGUGGAAGUAACCUGGCUGAGUAUGGCCUUUUUGGCUUGUAAAAGCACCUAUCAGAUGGAUAAUCAGACUAAUAUGAUUCUGAGAUGUGGAUUGCAAUGUA